AAAGACUAAAGAUAUUCUGAUGCUUCGGUCUAAUCCAAAUUUUCCAAAUAAAGAACUCAAACGACAGAGAGAGUGAGGGGGGAGAGAGAGAGAGAAAGAAGUGUUUGUUGAACGAAGAAGGCAGCUGCUCAUGGAGGACGACGAUUUAUUCCUCCAACAGUUCGAUCCGAAAGACUUGGAGAUCGCAGCCGAGUUCCUCACCAAUUGGCUUCCCUUCCUCACCCGAUCCCUCUGCGACGGCUGCUCCGCCACUCUCCGCGGCCGCAUCGACUCCCUUCGCCCAGGGUUUGCUGCCGAAGCCGACGCGGAUGCCUCCGGGUCCACUACCACGGAGGAUCAGGCGUCUUACGCCUCCGCUAGCUUCGCUGCCCCCUUUCCCGAUGCCCAGCCAACUGGGUGGGACCCGGAUCCGACGUCUUCGCCGGAGUCCCCUCGAAUCCGGAUGUCUUGGGCCGACAUGGCUCAAGAAGAUGAGCUCGAGGAGGCUGCGGCGCAGGAGGAAAAGACGGAGGAGUCAGGGAGAACUUCGAUUGAGGGAGCGGCAAGAGUUAAAAGGGAGAUUGCGAAGAAGGAGACGGGAUUGUCGAGGGAGCAGAGGGAAGAAAUACGCUUUAGGAAUGUUGUCAGGAAGAAGGAUUUCAUAUGCCUGGAGAGGGUCAAUGACAAGAUCGUUAAUAUCCUCAAUGGCCUCGAGCUGCAUACUGGAGUAUUCAGCGCUGCCGAGCAGAAAAGAAUUGUGGAUCUGGUCUAUGAACUGCAAGAGAAAGGGAAGAAUCAUGAGUUGGGAGAACACACGUAUGCUGAACCACCGAAAUGGAUGCGUGGCAAAGGACGAGUGACAAUUCAAUUCGGAUGCUGCUAUAAUUACGCUGUGGAUAAGAAUGGAAAUCCUCCAGGCAUUAUGAAGAAAGUCCUUGCUGAUCCAUUUCCUCAACUUUUCAAGGUGAUAAUAAAACGGCUAGUUCGCUGGCAUGUGCUUCCAACAACAUGUAUCCCUGACAGCUGUAUUGUCAAUAUCUAUGAACCUGGAGACUGCAUACCACCUCAUAUCGACAGCCAUGAUUUUGUUCGACCAUUCUGUACUGUGUCAUUUCUUAGUGAGUGCAGUAUAGUCUUUGGAUCAAAAUUACAGAUUGUCAGGCCAGGCGACUUCAAAGGUCCUAUUGCAAUCCCCUUGCCAGUUGGGUCGGUACUUGUUAUCAAUGGUAAUGGAGCUGACGUAGCAAAGCAUUGUGUCCCAGCUGUUACAACCAAAAGAAUUUCUAUCACAUUCAGAAAAAUGGAUGAGUCAAAAUGGCCGAUUGGGUUUACACCGGAAUCAGAUUUGCACAACAUCAAACCACUCGAAUAUCCCCUGUUAGAAGCUAGCAGAUCUCCCCGUCCGGAGAAGUACAAGCAACUGGAAAUAGAGAGUCAAAGCUUCAAGAAAGGAGAAAAUAGAAAGGGCAGGCGCCGUGAAACUAAACAGGUACAGAAUUUCCAAGACAGGCAACAGCACGCUAGCGAUGCAGGCUUUCAUAGAAAUUGGGAUGGCCAGUCACCAAGUCACAGUGGCAGCGGUAGUUUUGUAAGAGGGAGCAGCAGUUCAGAUUACAGGAUUGAGCCAAAGCCAAGGAAGCCCAGACGAAGCAUCCAGUCGAAUGCAAACGAUGAUAGUGAGUGGACGACCCCAACAAGCCAUCCACAACGAGAGGACAAUCACAAUUUCGACGAUAACGGGGAACCAAACGGAAGGACGGUUAGGCUUUUGCAGCGCAGGAUCAUCAUAAAUCGCAGAAUAACAGAAGAAGAUGAGUUAACCCAAGGGCCGCAACUGCCGACUCAGGAUGAUUCCCGAGUUCAUUCACGAUACUCAAAAGGGCGGCAGAAGGUGAGAAUGAACUUGUCUGAUGGUUAGUCCGGGAAGCUGUUCAGUUAACAUCCAGUAUUUAUAUAUUUAGUUGAGAUUGAUUGGUUCGAAUUGUUUCCAGCCUCGACGCUGUUCUCUUUAACGUUACUCCAGUGUUUGUAUUACAUGACAUACUUAUCUCAAGUGUUGGCGUAAGUUGAUUAAACACGAAGAAUUACUAUAAAUAAAUAAUAUUUUUUUUAAAAAAAAUAAUAUGCUUUGAUAAUACAAUUAAAGUGUUCCUCCAUUAGAUUAGAUUGUUGUUUACUAACUAAUUCCUCUCCAUUUCUUUUAUGAUCUGCUGUUGUUGGUGGAUCUGGCAGGAGUAGACGUCCAAGAAGUAGAGCAUG